UCUGUCAGCUGGACCUUUGAAGCCUGGGGCUGCUAGGAAGGUUGCGGGUGUGCCGGGCACGCCUGGCGGAGCCGGAGCCGAGGGAGGGCCAUGGUCGCCGCCCCACCUCUAGUGGGUUGAGGAGGGGCCGGCCUAGCAGGGGGGCAGGCCAGCCGCGGACUCGGGCGGAAGGGGUGCGUUGUCGUCCUGCCCUGCUGCCGAAUGUCGGUCCCCGAGGACGAGGAGAGGCUUUUGCCGCUCGCCCAGAGAUGGCCCGGAGCCAGCAAGUUCCUACUGUCGGGCUGCGCGGCUACCGUGGCCGAGCUAGCAACCUUUCCCCUCGAUCUUACAAAAACUCGACUCCAAAUGCAAGGAGAAGCUGCCCUUGCUCGGUUGGGAGACAGUACAAGAGGAUCGACUCCCUAUAGGGGCAUGGUGCGCACAGCCUUAGGGAUUGUCCAAGAGGAAGGCUUUCUAAAGCUUUGGCAAGGAGUGACACCCGCCAUUUACAGACACGUAGUGUACUCUGGAGGUAGAAUGGUUACAUAUGAACAUCUCCGUGAAGUUGUAUUUGGCAAAGGUGACGAUAAGCAUUAUCCUCUUUGGAAAUCAGUCAUCGGCGGGAUGAUGGCUGGUGUUGUUGGUCAAUUUUUAGCCAAUCCUGCUGACCUAGUGAAGGUUCAGAUGCAAAUGGAAGGGAAAAGGAAACUUGAAGGAAAACCUUUGCGAUUUCGUGGUGUACAUCAUGCAUUCGCAAAAAUUUUAGCUGAAGGAGGAAUACGUGGACUUUGGGCAGGCUGGGUACCCAAUGUACAACGAGCAGCACUGGUGAAUAUGGGAGAUUUAACCACUUAUGAUACAGUGAAACACUACUUGGUCUUGAAUACACCACUUGAGGACAAUAUCGUGACACAUGGUUUAUCAAGUUUUUGUUCUGGACUGGUAGCUUCUAUUUUGGGAACACCAGCUGAUGUCAUCAAGAGCCGAAUAAUGAAUCAACCACGAGAUAAACAAGGAAGGGGACUUUUAUAUAAAUCAUCAACAGAUUGCUUGAUUCAGGCUGUUCAAGGAGAAGGAUUCAUGAGUCUGUAUAAAGGCUUUAUCCCAUCUUGGCUACGAAUGACCCCUUGGUCACUGGUGUUCUGGCUUACUUAUGAAAAAAUCAGAGAGAUGAGUGGAGUCAAUCCAUUUUAAAUCCUUACAGAUGAAGCCCUUAAAGAUACAGUGGUCAUUAUUGAAAUAUGGGCAUCUGCAACACACACACACCCUGUUAUUUCUACCUCUUUAGGAAGACAUCUUACUCCACAGAGACUGUGAUUCAUAGGGGAGCACUUUAUUUUUCCCUGGAAACCUGAGUUCUCCUUGACUCCUCUUUUGCUUCAAAACAAUUUGGUUGGAUCACACAGUGCCACCCCAUGAGACACCCAGCACAGAAUUUCCUAAAGAAGAAUCAAACCCUGAACAAGUACUAACCCUGGGCAAGAAGAUUUGACCUUUGAGAUGCUAUUCUAUGCUGAAGAGUCUGCUGAGAGAAGUACCAGAGAGAGACAACAUCUCAGACACCAAGUAGACAAUAAGGAAUAUGGAAGAAUACAUACAUACCUAGUGAUAAAGAAAUAUAUUUAACCUGUUAUGUCAGUAUUUACAUUUAAGAUGUGAUAAUUCACUUUUAUGUUGUUAAAGUGCACAUACUGUAAAUUAAUGGGAUGAGGUGAAUGAAGAUUUAUGAAUAAACACUUUGAGUUUCCCUAGUAUUAAAGGAAGUUAUGUACCUUUUCUUGCCGAGAGGAUGAGAAAAAUCAAGUUGAUAUGAUGUUUGAAUUUCAAGGAAGAACGCAACCUUCUGUCAGUGUCCCAUCGUUGGACGUGUGUUCAUUGGUUAGCACUUCACUUGACAUGCAAAGGACUUCCUGACAGCCACAGACUCUGAAUUUUCAUGAAAACAAAUAUAUUUGCUUUGAUACAUAUUCUGUUACAACUUGGAUUUGUCUCUAGUUCUCAAGAAUCUCAGCAUAUAAAAAAUGCAACUUAUUUGCUUAAAGCUCAGGUAGAUAGAUCCUAUUUAUAAGAUAUCUCCUGAAAUUAUCAGCCUUUUGGUGGUAUUUAAAAAGUAAGGCUGAAAUGCAGUCAACCAAUUCUCACAUAACACUAAGGGCGCUAGAGAGAAAGAGGGAGAGAGAGAGAGAACUCAAAAUACACUGAAGCCAUCGCUAGUCUGAAUCUUACUCAGUUUGACAAAGCUUACUGACAAAAAGUAUAAAAAAAAAAAAGUAUAAAUUGUCUGGCACACAGUUAUGUCUCUAAUCAUGGAAUCAAAUCGCUUUUCUUAUUUUAGAAAGAUGAGAAAUUUCUUCAUAUUCACCUAUGUUUUACCUGCUCCCCCAACCUCAGACAGUGGGUAUUUCUAGCCUGAUAGCUACAGUUAUAGGUUGAGGAUAUAACUAUCAAAUAGGAAGACUCGAAAAGCUCAGACCCAAGAAAGACCUUGGAAAUAACCAAACAAUUUGUUAUAAUGAACAUGGAUAAUGUUAAGUAAAAGAAAGUUUACAAGUGCUUUGUGGUUGCAUUAAUGCAUAAUCACUGCCAUUUCAAGAGUGGAUGUAUAUCUUAAAAUAUAUUUUAAUGUGAAGUAUUAAUAUGCAGUGGCUUAUUGUCCAUAGAAUUUGUAGU